AAACAUCAUUCAGAGCACAAUCACUCAAACAUCGGUCAAAUCGUAUACAUUAAUAGCGAUGAAGAAUUUGGCUUAAAUUUGAUUCAUAACGAUAUGAUUAAAUCAAAUAAUAUAUCAGAUAAGGGAUGGUUCAGCGAUCACUCCAAAUGGAUUGUUUCAGUCAAUUGUUUCAAUAAUCAGUGGUCUCUUUGCUCACAAAUUUUGUCGACGCAAUGCAAAGCAGACAGGAGUCGAGCGAUGUAUCAAUUCAUACCAAUCAGACAUGAUAUCGAUUUAUACGAUAUUAACGUCAGUUUAAGAGCCACUGCUGACCAACUCGUGGAACAGAGCAAUCAGGCAUUCUAUGGGAUGUUAGUCUACGUUAAAUUUGAUGACAAUUCACAUGAAAUUAUU